GUCGCAGUGCAUCCCCAUCUACCAUCCAGAGUUCACUGGUGCCGAAGAAUCCUGGGAAACCAGCUCGGCCGAGUGGGAGCGAGGCCACCUGCUGAGCAGAGAGAUGUCUGGAUGGCCUGCAUCCGCCUCCCCAGAGAAGGGAGAGCUGCUCUCAGAGCUGAGGCGCUGUGUGCGGUGGCUGAGAAUCACGGGCCUGUUUGUGUUUGUGGUGGUGUGCUCCGUGACUGUGAACCUCAGCAGCCACGUGGACUCCACGCUGCUCCAGGUGGACCUGGCGGGGGCCCUGGCAGCCAGUGGGCCGAGUCGUCCUGGAAGAGAAGAGCAUGUUGUGGUGGAGGUGACCCAGGCAGAUGCCUCAGGCUCCAGGCGGCGGCGGCCACAGCAGGUCACUCACAACUGGACAGUGUUUUUAAAUCCAGGCAGAAGUGAGCGUUUGGUGGUGAGCAGGACCUUCGAGAUACUGAGCAGAGAGAUGGUGUCCAUCAGCAUUCGUGCCUCCCCGCAGCAGACCCGGGUGGUUCCUCUUCUGCUGGCUCAUCGGUACCUUCCCGCAGGGGCAGAGGCACAAGUGGCCAUCGCUGCGGCCAUCCUGGCGGGGGUCUACGUGCUGAUCAUAUUUGAG